UCCGUUACACACAGGUUCUUUUUUUCCUGGGGUCUCAGGUCACCACCACCUCAUCUGCAUCCAGGGACUCAAAUGUGCUCAAGUGCGCAUUCAGAGUAAGCAUGGCGUUUCACACUGAAAAUCGGAGCUACGAGCUCCUUGCAGAAAUAGGCGAAGGCGCCUAUGGGAAGGUGUACAAGGCCAGAGAGAUCAGUGCCGAACAGCGCCUCGUAGCGAUCAAGAAGUUGAACUUCUCCGGAGACCCCGCGGGCGGUGUCCCUCCCUUCAUGAUUCGCGAGGUGGGGCUGUUGCGUAAGCUUGGCCGCUUCAACCAACCCAACAUAAUAAAAUUGCUCGACGUAUCUGCUAAACUGAUUGCGGGCGGAGGCAUGGAGCUUGGGAUGGUAUUUGAGUUUGUUGAUCAGGACCUCACUUCAUUCAUCUCCAAGGCACCCUGCUCAGGACUGGGCAUGGACACGAUCAAGGAUGUGAUGUCACAGCUGCUGCUCGGUCUGGACUUCCUGCACUGCAACCUGGUGGUGCACCGGGACCUGAAGCCGGACAACAUCCUCAUCAGCAGUCGCGGGGAGGUUAAGAUCGCAGACUUUGGACUGGCGCGCCCAUACGCCUUUAACAUGGCCCUGACUCCUGUGGUGGUGACUCUGUGGUACCGGCCCCCGGAGGUUCUACUCGGCACCACCUAUAUGUCAUCGGUGGACAUCUGGAGCGCCGGCUGUAUCCUCGCCGAACUCUUCCUCCUCAAGCCGCUGUUCAAGGGGUCCACCGAGAUACAGCAGCUCCAGAAGAUCUUCGAGGUGAUCGGCAUACCGAGUGUGGAGGACUGGCCUAAGGACUCCCCCAUCCCCUACUCCAGCGCCUGGGGGUCCAAGAGGCCCCAGGACACCCUGCUGCUGCCCAACUUGGGGCCCGAGGAGAACGACCUCCUGGCUCAAUGUCUGGCUUUUAAACCGACCAAUCGGAUCUCAGCUUUUCAGUCCUUGGCCCAUCCCUUCCUGAUGUGAGCUGAAGAAAAGAAAAGUAAUGGUUUUCUGUUAGUUUUCCCCUUUUAUGUUUCAGUUUACUAAAUGAUGUUGUGCCAUGACAUCCUGUAUCCUCAAAACUCUGUUUUAGCAGAAGCAGCUUUUUAUUUGCACUUCAUGGAAACACCACUACAACCUCAAUCCUGACAUGUAGAAAUGUCAAGAAGUCUACAGUAGGUGGGAUUCCAAUAACUCAGGAAUGUUUGCUCUGUUUUUUGAUGAUAUGGGUGUUAUGGCACAAAGUUCUUUCCAUCUUUAGUUUAGCACACAGAAAGUAUGUUUUCAGACUGCUUCUACAUAAGCUCUGUUAUAUGUUUAUGUUAUUUGGCAUAAGUGGAUUCAUGCUACCCCCCCAAAGAGAUUCAAUAUAAAUUACAAAAUUACCCUUAGAUCCACUCAGAUUGACAUGAGAUAAAAACAACAGAGUAUUUGCACUGUAAGUUAAAAGCAUGCAUGUAUUUAUAGACUGGCAUGAGAUGAAAAAAAAAGUAUUUGUUAUUUUGCUUGCACAAUAAGCUUAAAUGUUUUUAACUGUUCAAUGUUUAACGUAUGGAUUGUUUGUUGUUUGAAA